AUGACACUGGGCAAGGCCUCACCCACUAACAAGACUCCUGGUGACUCUUCCACUGGGCAGACCUCAGUGUCACCUGUUCCUCCCAGCUAUGAGGAAGCUACUGCAGGCACUAGUGAGUCUCGCAACAAUGAUGGUGAGAUAGUAACACAGUUCACUUGGGAUGAUCAAAACAUCCGAAGGGUCUUCAUUCGUAAGGUGUACACCAUCCUGUUCAUCCAGCUCUUGGUAACGUUCUCAAUCGUUUCUCUCUUCACUUUUUGUGAUCCCAUGAAGUACUACAUUCAAACAAAUCCAGGGUGGUAUUGGGCCUCUUACGCUGUAUUUUUCGUUACAUAUCUCACUCUGUCUUGCUGCACCGCACUGAGGAGACAGUUUCCAUGGAAUCUGAUUCUGCUUGCCAUCUUUACCCUCUCGCUCUCAUAUAUGACAGGGAUGUUGUCGAGCUUCUACAACACCAAGUCGGUAAUCAUGUGUCUGGGCAUCACUACUGCAGUCUGUCUGCUUGUCACAAUCCUCAGUUUUCAAACUAAGAUUGAUGUGACAGCAUACAGAGGAAUGCUCCUUUUAUUUUGUAUGGUCUUGUUCAUCUCUGGACUGGUACUUGCAGUUGUCCUUCCUUUUCAAUAUGUACCCUGGUUGGACACUAUUUAUGCUGUUUUGGGAGCUAUAUUAUUCACCAUGUUUUUGGCAUUUAACACCCAGCUCGUCAUGGGUAGCAGGCAGUACACUAUUAGCCCAGAAGAGUACAUCUUUGCCAUUCUCAGCAUCUACCUGGACAUCAUUUACAUCUUCUCUUUUUUCCUCCAAAUCGUAGGAACAAGGCAGGAGUAA